UUUGUACGUAAGGGCGAAUAAUGACAAACGCGUGUUCGCCAUACAGUGAAGUUACAUAUGUUCGUCCGGUUUCAUGUCAAUGUGUUCUGUGUAUCCUACUCGGAAAUCAUAAUUGAUAAGUGCAGGAACGAACUCGUCGUACAACAAGUAGACGCGAAUACGCGUUGGUAGUAGUGGACUAGCAAUAGCAGCGCCGAUAUUCAGUAGUGAUAGUAACUGUAAUGAAGUAUCAGUGGCAGCCACUGUGAUAGUGGUAGUGGUGAUGGUGGUGGCUGAGAUAAGUGCGGGGGACUGAAUGCAUAUCAACGGAAUUUGUGUCCCACGAAACAGUUUCUCGUGGUUCACAUUGCAGAGGAUGUGCUGUGCGAUCUAAGGUGUCGAGGAUUAGACGAUUGGUACAAUGUUAAAGGAUUAUUCGCCAAUCGUACAGGCGCUCCUAGGAACGUUAUUUACGUGGGCUCUCACCGCAGCGGGUGCCGCACUUGUUAUCGUAAUUCGAGGAAAGCAACGUAAAUUAUUGGACAUCAGCCUGGGAUUCGCAGGCGGCGUGAUGAUAGCGGCAAGUUACUGGUCGCUACUGGCACCUGCUAUUGAAAUGGCGACAAAGAGCAAAUUGUACGGAGCGGAAGGCGAAUACGCGUUCGUACCAAUAGGAGUUGGAUUUCUCAUAGGCGCGGCUUUCGUUUAUGGGACGGACGCGUUGAUAUCUUCCCUUGGCAUUCAGUCCCCCAAUGUGCUUUUAGCUAUGCAGUCAGUCGGUACGAAACAAAGACGCAAGAUCCUUGCAAAACUAAAGAGUGACGAGGAUUUAGACGAUUAUGAUCCGUAUAACAACGUACAGAUAUCUGGUGGAAAAAUGUAUACUCAAAUUGAGUCAACCACCAUCGAUGGUUUCUACGAGCAAAACACCCGAAGACGACAAAUUGCAAAUGUAAAUAGGCCGGCGGAACAAGAAGAAACGGGCACAAUUUACGAGGAUCCUAACAACGAAUGUAAAAACAACCAAUGGAGAAGAGUGUUGCUGUUGGUCGUUGCCAUUACGGUGCACAAUAUUCCAGAAGGUCUUGCAGUCGGAGUUGGAUUCGCUGCUGUUGGUAAUAGUGCAUCAGCAACUUUUGAAAAUGCAAGAAACCUUGCAAUCGGAAUCGGUAUCCAGAAUUUUCCCGAGGGACUGGCGGUGGCUCUGCCCCUUCAAGCGGCUGGAAUUAGUACGUUGAAGAGUUUCUGGUACGGACAACUCUCAGGGAUGGUAGAACCUCUCGCCGGCGUCCUUGGCGCAGCCGGAGUGACGUUCGCUGAACCCGCGCUACCUUAUGCGCUUGCCUUCGCAGCCGGUGCAAUGAUCUAUGUCGUGAUCGACGAUAUCGUUCCGGAAGCGCAUCAGAGUGGAAACGGUAAACUCGCCAGCUGGGCUGCGAUCGUUGGCUUUUUGGUAAUGAUGUCUCUGGACGUUGGAUUAGGCUAGGAUCGUGCGAUAAAAGAUAGAAAUGCAGAAAUCGAUGCGUGUCUAGGUUUAUAGAUUCGUUCGAUAGAGUCGUUAUUCCUUUGGGAAGCUCGUUCCGAUUUUUAAAGCGAAUUUUCUUUAAAAAUCCGAACGAACUUUCCGAGUAACUCAACAUUAAACGCGAGAAAUUCCUAAUAAUUUCUGUCUCGCGGCAUUCCGUCGGAUUUCACGGUCGAAUUUCACGGUUGAAUUUCACGGUCGAGUGUGGAGAUCGAAGUGGAGUUAACGUGGCGCGUUAACCGCUAACGAUCUCGAAGUUCCGACAAUUCGAUCGGGCUUUCUUCUCGUAGAACGAGAUGCCGAGUUCGAUCGUAUACCGCCUCAAAAUUAUCCGAGUGUGUCUUCCAUGAAUCUAGUCUUUGUUGAUCCGAUAUAGAAGUCAAUUAGAUCAAUCAGGCGACGACCUCCGGUUACGCUUUACAACAUUCUACGCCGUGUUCGUCGCGACCAAAGGAAACGAGUAGAAGAUCGUUUGCCCUUGUUCGCGAUUUAAAAACCGGCUCUGUCUACAUCUCACCCUCUUAUUCUCUUAUCCUUAAUCUAUAUAUUUAUCGUCUCGGUUAAUGGGAAAUUUCGAUUCAGUAUUGCGAAGAUACUGCAACGACCAAUCGAAAAAAUAAGAAAAUAGGCUUCGAAUGCCGAACUCCGGACGAGAUAGGCAAAUCUUGUGAUAGCCAAUUUCGUUCAGAGACAUAGUCGCAAAGGAUCGGUGCAGCUCCUUUGCCUUCUUACGCAACAUUUCACGUAGCUUUCUUUCGAAUGGAUUCUCUCACGAAUAAUACGAAUGUGGCAAUUUCAAAGUGUCUUUCGCACGACACCGUACGCAAUCGUUCGCCGCAUGCUAGAGACAAAUGCACGCACGUUUGUUACGCUGUAUCCAGGACGUAUCUUGUCCAAUCAAUUCGUCGUUCGUGAUCGAUCCGAAAACUUAAACGGUUAAACGUGCGAUAAACUCGCACGUGCUGCAGUAUCUUGUUUAUUUAGAUAAGUAAGUUUACAACUGCCAUCUUGCCAUUGUAAAAUAUUUUCUAUUUUCCCAUCCCAAACAAACCAAUAUUUAUCGUAAUGUAUUUUACGAUGCUUCGAACAGUACGUAUUUAAUUUUAUCGAUUCACUAUGAUAAUGUAUAGUACCUACCGUUAACGGAACGAGAACGUUCCGUUUCACGCUCGGCGCUGGAUCACUACUUAUAAGACAAAAAUACUAUUUUUUCGUAUAUAAUAAAUCGAUAUACAUAGAC